UGCAACGCUCAGCCCGUCAUCUUGUCCUCGUUCCGUUCACUUGAAGCGCCAACGAUUGUAGCAAUACGCAGAGGCCGCGUGCUAUAGCUGCACCUCAACCAAUCUCAGCUCUCACGCCUCUCCUAGCUCGCCGAUCGUAAUCAGCUCCACCUCACCUCCUUCGCUACUUCCACCACCCCGAUGUCGACACCAUCUCCGCCUGCCGCCAAGCGGCCUAAGCUCGACGCCGAAGCUCCAGCAACUUUGAGCUCUCCGGCACGCGAUGCUCCGUCCUUUGCCUCUGCGCCGCUGACCGGGAACGGGGCGCAAAAGGUUAACGGCGAUGCGGACGACAGCAGCGACGAGGAGGAGGAACUGCAGCCAGAGAAGGAGGACCUGUCUCAUCGUGACAUGUACCUGGACACCGUCUCCCGUUCUAAUCUCGAAUUUGACUUUGAGCGGUUGUGCUCCAAGUCGCUCUCGAAUAUCAACGUGUACGCAUGUCUCGUGUGUGGCAAGUACUUCCAGGGACGUGGGCGAGGCUCUUGGGCAUACCGGCACGCAGUAGGCGAAAACCACCGUGUGUGGCUUAACCUCGCAACGGAGAAGUUCUACGUCCUGCCUGAAGGAUAUGAGGUGACGGACCCGUCGCUGAAGGACGUCCUCGCCGUCCUGAACCCGAGGUAUACGGCCGAGGGGCUGAAGGGGCUGAGCGAUUUGCGCGAGCCCUCGUACACGCUCGCCAAGACGCCUUACAUCCCCGGCUACAUCGGCCUGAACAACAUCAAGAAGAACGACUACCUCAACGUCAUUGUCCAGCUACUCCUGCACGUGCCCCCUGUGCGUGACUUCUUCCUGAACCCCACCACGCCACAACUGCAGGAGAAAGCACGGCCGACCGAGCUGGUGUCCCGUCUCGCGACAUUGUGUCGUCGUCUCUGGAAUCCGCGCCUCUUCAAGGCUCAGGUAUCCCCACACGAGUUCUUCCAAGAGGUCACGAAGCGCAGCUCGGGCAAGUUCCGCACCACCGAGCAGGGCGACCCCGUUGAGUUUCUCGGGUGGCUUGUCAACACGCUUCACCGCGAUUUGGGAGGCACCAAGAAGCGCAACUCGAGCAUCAUCUACACAACAUUUCAGGGGCGUGUUCAGAUCGAGACGCAGCAGGUCAUCAUUCACAAGGACUACGCGCGCCCCGUAUUCGAUCUUUCGCGAGAAAUUCAGACCGUGUCCUCACCAUUCCUGUUCCUUGCCCUCGACCUCCCGCCCACACCGCUGUUCCAGGACAACAACGACCGCAAGAUUAUCCCGCAGGUCCCAUUGUCCACCAUCCUCGCGAAGUUUGACGGCUUGACAACACAGGAGUUUGGCCCAACGCUCAAGCGCCACCACCUCACUGCCCUGCCGCCCUACCUGAUCCUGCACAUCAAACGCUUCACGAAGAACAACUUCGUCGAGGAGAAGAACCCGACGAUCGUCAACUUCCCUAUGCGGGGCGUGGAGAUGGGGCCUUACGUCGACCCCAAACCGUCUGAUCCCAUUCACAUGGUAUACGACCUACUCUCGAACAUCACGCUCGACACGACUGUCGCGUCGACAACUGCGGGCCAGGCGUCCGGCAAGCGCGACCCCGCGGACGAGGGCGUGACGACCUGGAAGAUCCACCAGCGCUGCGGGCGCGGCGGCGGCGACAGCGAGAAGUGGUUCGAAAUGCAGGACCUCCGUGUCGACGAAGUCCGCCCGGAAAUGGUUUUCCUGGGCGAGACGGUGAUCCAGGUGUGGGAGCGACGGGAUCUAUCAACACCCCAGGCCUGAGCAUGCUCGCCAAGAUACCCAAGAUACCCCACCUGCACGCACUACCCCGCAUGUCCCCAUAUCACCUGCAUAAUCAAAGUGUACACAUAACACAUGCAGUGGCUGUUACACCUGGCGCGAGCGCUCGUACAUUGUCUCCAGCAAGGUAUCGCAAAUUGGUAUAAGGCCGAAGCCUGAUC